AUGGAGGGGAAAAUUGCGGCGCGCAAGGACAAGGAGAAAGCGGCGGAGGAGGCGAUCUCUUCAGUGAGCGGCAAGAGCGCGGCGGGGCCAAAGCCGAAACAGGGGCGCAUGGAAGACUUCUACGGAGACGAGGGUCUCUCGUCCAAGCGGAAUUCCGACGAGGUGAUAUGCCUCUAUUUCGCGGGGAUGCGCGUGGCGGAAUGGCAGUGCGAGAACCUCCUCUUCCUCAACAUGCUUCGCGCCGUCGCCACCGUGCCCAACUACGUCCCUCCCAAGCGUGACUACACGGGCGUGACGAUCGCCAGCGAUAUGAUGACGGACAAGAGCGGGCGCGCGCCGAUAAACAUCCUGCUCCUCAACGACGCCGGUGCUGUUUUCAUCGAGGCGGUUGACUGCAAAAUGGAGCUGAAGAGCGAAGCGUUCGUGGCCGAUAUCUUGCGCCCGAUCAUAAAGAAGAUCGGCCCGGAGAAUGCCGUCAGCGCUGUGCAUGGACGGUGGCAGCAACCACGCGUCGGCAUGCAAGUUGCUGCAGGCGGAGUGACCGCACAUCGAGCAUGUGCCAUGCGCCACCCACGUGCUCGACUUGCUGAUGGAGGACAUCGGCAAGAUGGAGUGGACGCGAGACGUCGUCGGCCGAGCGGGCGACAUGAUCACGUUUCUGCGUAUCCACCUGUGGACGCGCGCUUUUCUGCGGAGUCCGGAGCUGCACGGCGGGAAGGCGCUGCAGCCGCUGCGACCGGCGGGCACGCGUUUUGGGACGCACUGAUGGAGGUGCCAUUCAUGGUGAUGAGGAGGACGGACUCGCAGGCGAAGGGGAUGAUGGGUGCUAUCUAUGACAUCAUGCUGCAGCUGACGGAGGACAUGGCGAAGCUCCUGGAUGGUGAUAUGUGUAAGCUGAAGGAGGAGGAGAAGGAGGAGGUGCAGGAGCACUUGAGGCGCCGCUGGGACGAGAGUUUGGCGUGCCCCCUUCACGUGGUUGGCCGGAUCCUUAAUUCGGCCAACCAGCUGGAGGAGAUUUUCCUGCGUGACGUUGAGUGCACCAAGGUGAUGAGGGAGUGGCUCGCCCGCUCUAAGGUCUUUGUCGACAAGUUCUGGAAGGGGAAGAAGGGGCCGCACAAGAGUUUGCAGGAGGGGAUGUUGGCGUACAUCAACGCCACUGGGAGCUUCGGAUCGGAGGAGGCCAGAUUGGGGCGUGAGGAGCUGCAGGAUGGGAAGGGGGACGUGCUGGCGUGGUGGCAGUAUCACGGCUGGGAGUAUGCAGACCUGGCUGGACUUGCGCGCCGUGCGCUGUCCCAGCCAGUUUCCGCCGCCCCGUGCGAGCGGAACUGGUCUGUUUGGGACGGCGUGCACACGGCACGCAGGAACAGGCUCGGGUCGGAGAAGGUCCGCGACCUUGUGUACGUUGCGCUCAACUGGACAGUUGUGCACAACCAUCACAAGGGAGCGGCUGUUGCAGGGCCUAGUGGGGUGGGAAGGAAGGGGGGGAUCGUGGAGGGGAACAUUCCCACCCCCCCCCUCCCCGAGGGCUACAAGCUGGAGGAGGAUGGGGAGGUGGAGGAGGAUGAGGACGCGAUGUGUGUGGAUGAGCACGCGCACCAGGAGGAUGGCGAGGAGGAGGAGGAGGGCGGGGAGGACGAAGAUUAA